AUGGACGUGAUGGAACUAGUCGAGAAUGAGCCCAAUGCUAGACCUUUUCAGUGCGACUGGCAGACUUGCGUUAAGAGUUUCAACCGCAAAUCAGAUCUUCAACGACACUAUCGUAUUCAUACCAAUGAACGUCCCUAUUCCUGUUUACAACCUGGCUGUGGAAAGAGCUUCAUCCAACGAAGUGCUUUGACUGUUCACAUACGGACUCACACUGGAGAGAAGCCACAUCAAUGCCAACACAUAGGCUGUGGCAAACGAUUUUCUGACUCUUCAAGUUUGGCACGUCAUCGCCGCAUUCACACUGGAAAGCGUCCGUACAAGUGCGCUCAUGAGGGAUGUCUUAAGUCCUUUUGUCGCAAGACUACUAUGGUCAAACAUCAACGACGGUCUCAUCAGCGUGGUAUCCACUCUUCCGAAAUGGAUGACGGUGACACAUCCGACUCAGAUUCGGGUGACUCCCCUUCUACUCCCCAACACUCCGGACACAUGCAGUGGCCACAUUCGCUUCCGCUCGGUCCUGGAGUCCUCUCUCAUGGAAUACCCCACCACGCAAAUCCGAUGCACAGAUCUCAGUCAUUUAAUGACUUUCCCCACAUGGAAGGAUUUCCAGUCAAUCAAGCAUACAACCAGAGGCAGGGCUUUGCUCAUCAAUUUACACCACCCCUCCCUGACAAUGAGACAUCAAUGAUGAACCGCACCCCCAGCCUCCCGACACACUCUGGCUACUAUGUCACCGAGCAUAAUAAUCCAGGUGUUGCUACUCUCAACCCAAAUCCGCCACCGGUGCAGACAUACGUUCCGCGACACCAAAUUGACGCGAAAGAAAUGGUUGUCCACAGCAGUCCUACCAAUUCAUCGCCUAAUUCCCGCGCUAGCCCCGAUGGAUAUUAUUCAAAUCAAUCAACGCAUCCCAACUAUUCGCUACACAACUCUAAUCAAAUGGAAUCCGCUCCUAUGAUGCAAUACCAGCCCGUUCCCCAACAUCUUGGCCCCCAGUCUACACAUCUAUCAUCUGCCAUGGCCCAAACCGGCCAGGUUCCAUCCCAAUUCCAGUCGCCCGCGCCUCAAACUGGCAAUUGGUAUGAGGGAGCACCAUAUCAACAGCCAGAGUUGAUAAAUGUAUAUUCGGCGACGUCAUUUCAACCAUACAUGGAAAAGAUCGAACCGUACUCUGAUGACCAAGCUUUCCAGCUACCCUCGGCUCGGCUAGAUACCAUAUAG